AUGAAUAGGUAUAGACAACCAACUCUGAUUACACAAAUUAAGUGUUAAGAGCCAACACAUGAAAAUAACACAAUACAGUUUAUUUGUCUCUAAGAAAGCUGUAAAAGUAGAAGAUUCUAUUGCUCAAAAUGUGCUUUAAAGCACUCUUCGGAGCAUGGAAGUUUUCUUGUUAGCUUAGAAGAUAUAAUUAGCAAUAAAGACCCUUCACAAAUUGAGAACUAUCCAGCAUUUGCAGAAGAGAGGAAAGUUAAAAAAUGUUUAACUUAGCAAGCUCUGAUUUCAUAGCAAACUUCCACCAUACAUGAAAUUAUUUAAAAUCUAAUGGGCAGCUUAAAAUAAGAUAUUUUGUUUUAAAUUGACGAAAUAUAAAAAGAACUUGAGUCUUUCUUUAAGAAGGAAUAAUUCAACACAUAAAAAUCUAUUAGCGAAUUCUAAUAUACACAAUCACAAACAUUUUCAAUAGAUGAGUUGCGCGAUUAUAUCGAAUAAUAUGUAAAAGACAAUGAUGAUUACAAAUUCAAUACAAGAUUGUUAAUAUGGCUCACAUAAUCGCAAAAAAACUAAUAAGAUAUAAGGCAAUCUUCAUAAAAGAAUUUAAAUUAGGAAAUGAUCCCUUCAAUAAUUUAACAACAUCAUGAAUUCAUUAAUUUAGAAAUCAAAAAGAUGAGGGAUAAUUUAGUUUCUUAUAUAAGAAGGGAUUCUGUGUUACCUGCUCAUUUAGUGUGGGGCUUUAAAAAGAGCAAGUUCGAAAAUUCAUAAAACUUGAUUGAAAAAAUGAUUGGGGUAACUUUUGAAGGGUGUGGUAACGGUGAUCAAAGCUUAUUGUCUACAAAUACUUUUGAAUUUGGUAGACAUGAAUUCGAAAUACAAUUUGAUAAAAUUGGAUUCUAACCUUAAUGCCACUUAAUUAUUGGAUUAGUUAAAGAUUAAGAAGGAUAAAAAAUUUUUGAUUAGGCAAAUCCGUACAGCUGCAUCUUCUGUGACAGAACAAGCUGCCAAAUGAGGAAAAUAAAUUCAAUAGAAAGAAAAUUCGUAAUGGAAUAUAACAGUAAUUAGCCUUAGCAGAAUAACAAUAACAUAAUAAAAGUUGUUUUAGAUUUCGACAAAGAUACUUUUUAUUUUACUGAUGAAAAAAACAUGAUGACUUCUCUUUGGACUUCGAUUAAAGGACAAAGAUGGAGGUUCUAAGUUACAUUUAAAACAGAAUUUGCAUUUUCUGGGCCUUCCCCUUGCCAUUAAAUUACUCUAUUAAGUUCUUCUUGA